AUUGUCUUGAGGGUUAUUCUCUAUCAUCUCUAUCCUUUCUCUUGACAAAAACUUUAAUCUUUCAAUUGCUUGAAGUUUUUUCUGUCAGGAAAAAGAAAACAAUUAUCAUCAUCAUGGCAUCUCUAACACCAGGAGUGUUGCUAAAGCUUCUUCAGAGUAUGAACUCGAAUGUAAAAGUUCGCGGAGAGUAUCGAUCCGUUCUGUUACAAGUUAUCAGCAUUGUGCCCGCCUUGACCGGCUCGGAGCUAUGGCCUAAUCAAGGCUUCUUCGUAAAAGUAUCGGAUUCGUCGCAUUCGACAUAUGUAUCACUCUCCAAGGAUGACAAUGAGCUUAUCUUGACUAACAAGUUACAGCUCGGACAGUUUUUCUACAUUGAUAGAAUGGAAGGCGGAUCGCCAGUUCCGACCCUGAUUGGUGUCAGACCAAUUCCGGGACGAAAUCCUUUCGUAGGAAAUCCGACGGAUUUGAUGCAGAUGUUGGUGCCAUCUGAUGGUCCUGUGCCGGUUGAUAGUGAAGGAGGUAACGGGUCGAAAAUAAAAGAGUUAACGGAGAAUUCAAGACAGAAAAUUGUUAUCAAAGAGGAAAGAACUGGGGUUGCGUCAAGAUAUAUGCAGACAAAUUCGAAAUGGAGCGGACCGGAUUCGAGUGGAGGUGGUAAUGGUAACAGCAAUGAGACAGAGAGUAACAAUGGAGUAGGUACCGAGAAGGGUGGAAUAAUGAAGGGCAAACAACAAGAAAACAAAGGUCAGGCGCGGCCUACUACUCCCGUCCGAAAUCGAGGGGAUUCACUUUCAUCAAAGUCCAAUGUUGCUGCGCCCAACAGCAAAGCGGCUCCAGCGCUUUGUAAGAGCAAAUCUGCAAAAUCUUCAUCAAAUAAACAUGAAACGACCAACUUGACUUCCUUGUCAAGUAAUAUAGAUAAGAACUUUUUGUCUGAUACAACUUCAUGGAGCUCUCUGCCUGCUAGCCUCUUGAAGCCUGGAAAGGGAAUGCUUAGAAGGAAGUAUUUAGCUUCUUUAAUUGCAGCAGAAGCACAGAAAGAAGCAUCCGCGGCUGCUGCUCUUGUCAAGUGCCUAAAUAUGUUUGCCGAUCUUCGUUCCUCUGCCUCACUGGAGAACCCCCACCAUUCUCUCACCAGGUUCUUCAUGCUGCAACAGCUCAUCGACAAACCGAACAUAACAACCCCGUUAACGGAUAAAUCACUCAGAUCAACACCACAAUUUUCCAUUCCAGACACUGACAAAACCGGCAAAAGAGCGGGUCUUAGUCACCCUAAGACUAUAUUGAAGACUCCAAAGUCUUCAAUAGAGUUGAUUUUAGCUGAGAAGGUGGAGUGGGCUAAAGGAGAGGGUUCAAAAGAAAUCAAAGAACUAAGAGAAGCCAUCUUAAACGAAACAAGAAAUUGGUUCGUCAAAUUCUUAGAAGGCGCAUUGGAUGCAGGGUUUCGCGUUGCUGUCCACGAGAAGAAGGGCAAGGAGAGUGUGGGAAGACGAACGGAACCGGAGAACAAUCACAUUGCUGUCACACUGUCACAGCUCAAGCAUGCAAAUGAAUGGUUAGAUAAACUGAGGAACAACUUGACAACAUCAGAACAGAAUAACAUAUUGGUAGAGACAAUUGAUCGGUUGAAGCAAAAGAUUUACACUUGUUUGCUUGCUCAUGUGGAUUCAGCUGCGUCAGCUUUAGAGAAUCGGUCUGAUCGAAGUUGAUACAGAAUUGUUUAAUAUCUAACAAUUGUAAAUUAAAUAACUUAUCUAAUAACAUUAUUGAGCCAAACAAUGUUAUUGCAAGUUUGGUGAUAUGUAUUUAUUAUGCAAAUCAUGUAUAAAUUCAUAUUUUUAUGCAAUAAGACUAUCUAAAAAUUUGCAGAGUGA